UCUGAGCCACAAAUCAAGAGAGAAAAAAAAAAAAAAAAACAAAUUAUUAGUUUUGUGAAAGAUUAGCUAAAUUAUUAUUUUCGUAACUAAAUAAUGGCAUCGUCUUCGUCCAAUGAAUUGCCCGAAAGAGCGGAGCAGUUAAAACUGGACACCAACCCGAAAACGGUCACCAAAGCCACGGAAAUCCUGAAACCCCUUCCCAGCGAAGCGGUCGAGAAGAAUCUGGACAAUGUCCUCGAGGCGGUCAAAACCGUGGACCAGACGUGCGAUUUCAAGCGGUGCAAGCAGAAAACCAACAUGAUGGGCAGCGACUGUGGCUUCUGCAAGCAACGGUACUGCUUCAAGCACGGUCUGCCGGAGAUUCACGGUUGUGGGGAAGCGGUCAAGCGACAGGAACGGGAGGAAUUCAUGCAUCCCCUGCCGGCCAAGACGGUUCAAGCGCAGGAAGAUUUGAAGAAAGCACACAGCCGUCUGGAUCAGAAGCUGAAACAGAUGAACCUGGGCCGGAAAGCCAAACCGACGGGGACUUCGUCUAGCAAAAAGAAGGGAAAGUCUUAGGAUUAUUAAUUAGACGCUCGAAUUAGGAUUUCUUUUAUUUCAAAUACUUGGGACACAUCUAAAAUACACAAUGUUCGUUACAUGAGUAAACUAAA